GGAGAUCAGAUAUAAUGAAUGCGGGGUCCAGGGAGACCAGAUAUAGUGAAUGCAGGGUCCGGGGAGACCAGAUAUAGUGAAUGCAGGGUCCGGGGAGACCAGAUAUAGUGAAUGCAGGGUCUUGGGAGACCAGAUAUAGUGAAUGCAGGGUCCGGGGAGACCAGAUAUAGUGAAUGCAGGGUCCGGAGAGAUCAGAUAUAGUGAAUGCAGGGUCUGGGGAGACCAGAUAUAGUGGAUGCAGGGUCCGGAGAGAUCAGAUAUAGUGAAUGCAGGGGUCCGAGGAGAUCAGAUAUAAUGAAUGCGGGGUCCAGGGAGACCAGAUAUAGUGAAUGCAGGGUCCGGGAAGACCAGAUAUAGUGAAUGCA